AUCCAACCUCAAGAUGAUUAAAGUUUGAGGCAAGGAGAAAACUUGCAGUAUUUAGUUUUCAUCCCUAAUUUCCAUGGAUCAUCUUCUCUCUAUUCUUGCUUUUAUGAUCACUAUUUCACGCUUUUGUUUGCAUUUGGGAGGCUCAAGUGUCGGUGUGAACUAUGGACUACUUGGCGACAACCUCCCUCCACCAGACCAAGUAGUCUCCCUCCUUAAAUCUCGAAACAUAAACAAAAUUCGCCUCUUUGAACCCAACCCAAAUGUCCUCGAAGCUCUUCACAAUUCAGGCAUCGAAGUAAUCAUUGGAACCCUAAACUCUGAUCUCCCUCGUCUCGCUUCUGAUCCAUCCUUCGCCACUCAAUGGGUCCAAACCAAUGUUCUCCCUCACGCAAACUCAGUCACCUUUCGUUGCAUCACUGCAGCAAAUGAAGUCAUACCCGGGGACUUGGCAGUGCACGUAGUUCCAGCGAUGAAGAACCUCGAUGCUGCUGUUUCUGCAUUGAACCUGAAAAUUCCCGUGUCAACUUCUGUUUCUCUUGGAGUUCUUGGUGUCUCAUACCCUCCAUCUCAGGGUGCAUUCUCUGAAGCUUUAGCUUCAAUCAUGAAGCCGAUGAUCUCAUUCCUGGCAUCUAAAAACACUCCAUUCCUCGUAAAUAUUUAUCCAUACUAUGCCUACAAAGGUGACAAGAGCUUGCCAUUAGACUAUGCACUCUUCAAAGAGAGAAACAUUUUUGUGCAAGAUGGAUCAUUGGGAUACACAAAUAUGUUUGAUGCAAUAGUGGAUUCUAUAUAUUCGUCAUUGGAAAAGAUGGGGGGCAGUAAUGUGGAAGUUAUCGUCUCAGAGACUGGUUGGCCAUCGGGAGGCAAUGAGCGAGGAGCGACGAUUGAUAAUGCGAUGGCGUACAAUAAUAAUUUGGUGAAGCAUGUAAAUGGGAAUGCAGGAACACCAAAGAGGCCUGGUAAAGGGACUGAGACUUACUUGUUUGCAUUGUUCAAUGAGAACCUGAAGAAACCUGGGAUUGAGCAGAAUUUUGGGUUGUAUCACCCUGAUAUGAGUGAGGUUUACCAUGUCGAUUUCUAGAUUCCUAUCUAUUUAAAUAAAGGAUAAAAAUCCAGUUGGUUUCCGCUAUAAUAAAAACCAAGUAG